AAGAAAGGUGACUGCUUCUCCCGGCGCCACCAGGCGGAAGCGCCUCGGUCAUUGGCCCGGGGGCGGGGGGAGGCUUUACCUGCGCCGGGCGCAAAGUCCGCAGCGCUCACCGCAGAGCAGAGGGGCCCGGCCCAGGGUCAAGCAAGAUGCCGCUGGGGCUGCGGAGCAAGAAGAAAUGCGCCUUCAAGGAGACCGCGCCGCUGGUGGAGGGCGAACAGGAGGGCGCGGGUGGCGAUGGCGCCCCCGGCCCCGCGGUUCCCGCCCGCCGCCUGGUUUUUCACACGCAGCUGGCGCACGGCAGCGCCACCGGCAGGGUGGAGGGCUUCUCCAGCAACCGCGAGCUCUACGCCCGGAUCGCGGGCGUGUUCGAGAUCUCGCCGUCGGAGAUCUUAUAUUGUACUUUAAACACACCUAAAGUCGACAUGGAAAAUCUUUUAGGAGCACAAAUAGGUCUUGAAGAUUUCAUAUUUGCCCAUGUGAAAGGGCUUAAAAAAGAAGUGAAUGUGUAUAAAUCAGAGGAUUCACUUGGUCUCACCAUUACAGAUAAUGGUGUUGGCUGUGCUUUUAUAAAGAGAAUCAAGGAAGGGAGCAUCAUUGACUCAGUUAAGACAAUCUGUGUGGGGGAUCACAUUGAAUCCAUCAAUGGAGAAAAUAUUGUGGGGUUGCGGCACUAUGAAGUUGCUCAGAAGCUAAAGGAAUUAAAAAGAGAGGAACUCUUCACCUUGAAGUUAGUAGAACCAAAGAAGGCAUUUGAAAUAGGGCCAAGGUCAGUAGCAAAGACAUUGUCAGGAGGAAAAGUUGGCACUGGAAGGGGAACUCUUCGCCUGAGAUCAAAAGGCCCAGCCACCGUGGAAGAAGUGCCCUCUGAAGUCACAGCGAAAGCGAUUGAAAGGGUUGAUGAUCUUCUUGAAUUGUACAUGGGAAUUCGAGAUAUUGACUUAGCUACCACAAUGUUUGAAGCUGGAAAGGACAAAAGUAAUCCAGAUGAAUUUGCUGUGGCACUUGAUGAAACACUCGGAGACUUUGCAUUUCCAGAUGAAUUUGUCUUCGAUGUUUGGGGAGCCAUCGGUGAUGCCAAGCGAGGACGACUAUGAUGUCGAUGAUCCAUCUCUGGAGACAUGAAUCUUUGUUCCAUUAAAAAAAAAAAAACAACUCCAUAAAAUCUGUUUUUAGACACUA